AUGAGUCGAGGUGGUAAACUCGCGCCCGAGAUAAACCGAGCUUUGUUCGUUAAGAAUUUAAGCUACAACGUCACUCCCGAAGAGUUGUUUGACUUGUUCGGAAAGUUUGGCCCGAUCCGCCAAAUCCGUCAGGGAAUAGCGAACAACACUAAAGGGACUGCCUUCGUCGUAUAUGAGGAUGUCAUGGACUCUAAAAUGGCAUGCGAUAAACUAAACGGAUUCAACUUUCAAAAUCGGUAUCUAGUAGUUCUAUAUCAUCAACCCGACAAAGUGGUGCGUUCAAAAGAAGAUCUCGAAUCGCGCAAAGAAAAUUUAGAACAGCUCAAGAAACAGCACGGUAUAGAAUAA